AGCUAGAUUCGUGCAGGUCCCAAGGGGACCUUCUCGGAUCCAUCGAACCCCUGAGUUGCCGGACAUGGGCGCACGCCUUGAACUCCGCAUCAGGAUUUCGAUCCCGCGGCCCUGCGGCGCGGCCGAAACAAAACAAAGCCAAUCCCCCCGAACCCCACAAAAAAAAAAAAAAACACCCAACGAAGGCAUGCUGAGAGAGGCUCACAAGGCACCAGAGUUGCAGGACGUCAUUUUGACCGAGAUGCACCUUUGAGACGUCAGUCUUGUGAGGCAUGUGACUCCGGGAAGAAUCGAGCCCCAUGUAGCGGCCAAGUCUUUCUGGCUCCAGUCUCAGGGCCGCAGGCUCAGGAUUGAUCUUUUGAGGCCGCAACUCAUGUUGGGCCGUUCGUCCGCUCAUGCUGCCUGGGUCCGGGUUGCGCACCCAUUUCAACAGGCCCGUUGGAUGGGCACAGGCCAAGGAGAGCUGUGCCCAUUCGCAAGGUCACGGUGGUGGGCGCGGGGACGCUCGGCUCCCAGGUCGCCUUUCAGACGGCGCUCCGGGGCUUCGAAGUGGCGGUGCUGGACACGCAGAGCGCGAGCCUCAGCCGCUGCCAGACGAUGCACGAGGCCUUCGCAGAGCAGUACCUCAGGCGGGAAACGCAGGGGACGCAGGCGCGCGCCUGGAAGGGCCUGGCCAGCGGCUCCACGGCGGAGGAGGUGGCAAAGGCGGCCUUGGCGCGGCUGGUGUACACCACAGACACCGCCGAGGCCAUGCACGGCAGCGACCUGAUCAGCGAGAACGUGCCGGAAGUCAUAGAGAUCAAAGAGGCGACCUAUGGGGCCCUCAGCGCGCACGCAGCGCCCGAGACGAUCUUCACCAGCAACUCCAGCACGUUGCUGCCCAGUCAAUUUGCCGACGCCACUGGCCGGCCGGAGCGCUUCUGCGCGUUGCAUUUCGCUAACGGAAUUUGGGAUGCCAACAUCGGCGAAGUCAUGGGCCACCCAGGCACAAAGCCAGAGGUAUUUGAACGAGUGGUGCGGUUUGCCGAGGAGAUCGGCAUGGUCCCCAUCCGCUGCGCCAAGGAGCAAAAUGGCUACGUCAUCAACACCUUGCUGCUGCCAUGGCUGAAUGCUGCGCAGACGCUGGUCACCAAUGGGGUUUGUGCCCAGGAGGAUGUAGAUAGAGCUUGGUUGAUUUGCUUUGGCCUUGCGCAUGGUGAUAAGGGGCCACUUGGCAUCAUGGACAUGAUCGGUUUGGGGACGAUGGAGACGGUUCUCGCCCAUUGGGGUGAAACUCUGCCCGAUGCCCAGAUGACUGCAAACGCCGCCCACAUCAAGAGUCAUCUGGUAGACAGGGGCCACUUGGGGUUGAGGGGGGGCGACCCGGACAAGGACGAAGCAACCGGCUUCUACAGCUACCCGAACCCGGCGUGGAAGCACAGUGACUUCCUAGAAAGUCAGGAGAGAGCCGGUUCCAAGUAAAGAUCUAAAGGGAUCUGUUUUUGGUGUUUCAAUGUUUCAAAGAAUGAGCUAUGAAGCACAGGCCAUGCUAACGGGCAAGUUGUACAGGUUUGCCCAGUCUCAGAUUGGGCAGUAGAAUCUCAUUAUUUAUUAGGGAUUAUAGAAAGGGAUGUGUUUUGAGACACUCCCAUAUUACGGCGCCGUUUCGUUUUCACAAAGGAUCG